GGGCUCUCGGCAGACAGCUGCGGCGGCGUGCCUGGCAGUGAAGCGGUAGCAGGUAGAGCCAGCCAGUCUAGCUUAGCCACCACACUAGUGUGAUGGCGACCACCGGCGGCGGCAAGGCGGCACUGGUGCUGGGGCGGCUUCUGCUUCUGCUGUGCGUGCUCGGCCAUGGAGCUGCGCAGCGGUACAACGCCAUCUGGAGCUUCGGCGACUCCAUCUCCGACACCGGCAACCUCUGCGUGGGGGGCGGGUGCCCUUCCUGGCUCACCACGGGGCAGCCGCCCUACGGGGAGACCUUCUUCGGCCGCCCCACCGGACGCUGCUCCGACGGCCGCGUCAUCGUCGACUUCCUGGCCGAGCACUUUGGGCUGCCCCUGCUGCCGGCUUCGAAAGCCGGCGGCGACUUGAAGAAGGGGGCGAACAUGGCGAUCAUCGGCGCCACCACCAUGGACUUUGACUUCUUCAAGUCCAUCGGCCUCAGCGACAAGAUCUGGAACAACGGGCCGCUGGACACCCAAAUCCAGUGGUUCAGGCAGCUGCUCCCCUCCGUGUGCGGGAAGGAUUGCAAGAACUACCUGUCCAAGUCCCUGUUCGUGGUGGGCGAGUUCGGCGGCAACGACUACAACGCGGCGCUCUUCUCGGGGCGGUCCAUGGCGGAGGUGAGAGGGUACGUGCCCAUGGUGGUGAGCAAGCUCGUCCGCGGCCUGGAGGCGAUCGUGAGGAGCGGAGCCGUGGACGUGGUGGUGCCCGGGGUGCUCCCCAUCGGCUGCUUCCCCAUCUACCUCACCCUCUACGGCACCUCCAACGCCGCCGACUACGACCGCGACGGCUGCCUCCGCGCCUACAACGGCCUCUCCUCCUACCACAACGCGCUGCUGCGGCGGAGCCUGUCCGGCCUGCGCAGGACGUACCCGCACGCCCGGAUCAUGUACGCCGACUUCUACACCCAGGUCACCCACAUGAUCCGGGCCCCUCACAACUUCGGGCUCAAGUACGGCCUCAAGGUCUGCUGCGGCGCCGGCGGGCAGGGCCAGUACGGCUACAACAACAAGGCGCGGUGCGGCAUGGCCGGGGCCAGCGCCUGCGCCGACCCGGGCAACUACCUCAUCUGGGACGGCAUCCACCUCACCGAGGCGGCCUACCGCUCCAUUGCCGACGGCUGGCUCAAGGGCCCCUACUGCAGCCCUCCCAUCCAGCACUGAUCGAGCUAGCUGGGCCGGGGGACUGAAUAGCUAAUUAAGCUAGCAGCAUAUUAUUCAUGAGUGACAUCAUCGUGCUUUGUUUGUUUACGGCUAAUUGCCAUGUGCAUCAUCCUAGCGCUCUAGCAGGUUCAUCAAUGAUGGGUUUGCUAUUUGGUUUGUCAAUUAGUUGUUCAAUUGGUGAGGAAGGGGUAGCUGGUGUUUCGGCGGUGUGGUGGGAACAGUGAUGAAUAAACGUGUAAUGGACUGUUUACAAUUAGCUACGACGUACGUGAACAAUAAGCUCAUAUCACAGCAAACAACAAUAUAUGACGGGAAGGAGCACA